UUCGAUAGGUUUCCAAUAACUCACGACGUUUAAUGAAAAACUGAAUGCUAACAACCAAUUUGAUAACGAAGUUAUAUUAUAUUACAUAUGGACAAAAUAAAGAAAAUUAAGCCCCAAAUGAUAAGAUGUGGUAGUUCAUUUAUAUUCACCCUACAAAAGGCUAUAUGACUAUGCUAACUCUGUUAAAAUAUGUUUUUCGAGAUUUUGAUCAUUUUUCAAAAUUUUCUAGUUUUUUAGCAAAAAUUGUAUGUCAAUCGUACAUAAUUGACAAGGUAUUUAAACCCAUAUCUCUUUACUGCUUUACCUUGCCAAGUAUGUGUGUAUAGAAUUAAUUGCUGAAAAUGUGUAUGUAAUUGCCAUUUUAUGUGAUAUAAACAAAUCCAGACAUUAGAUAUCCCCUUAUAUACCCGUAUAACUGACAUAUAUUCAACUUUAUUUUGUAUGUAUGCUUUUACAUUGUCUGAAAAUGUAGUGAUUUGAUCGUAAUAAUUUGUGUUAUUGUAAUUUUUUUUAACGGAAUGCCGUGAUUAAGAGUAACUUCUCCAAUAUCUUUAACAUUAAUUACAAACCAAUUUUGUUGCAAAUUUUGAAUUAUAACAUAUUUAACAUUAUAUAUGGUAUAUAAAUAUAAAAACGUAAAUAUUUAUAUAUAGUAUAUAUGCACUUCUUAUACCGAAAUGUCAAAGGGCUGAAAAUGUAUCGUGUUAUUUAUAACUCCAAAUUCUGAGUAUCUAUCUAAUACUUUAUUUGAAAUGUUUGAUUGCAACCCUAAUAUUGUUUUUUACAGUUUCCUUUCAAUUUGUUCGUUCUUCGGUUUGAAAUGAAAAUUCCAUUCAUUCAUUGGUUUCAGAUUAGUUUUGAGAAAGCUCUCACUGAUGAAUGUAAGAAUUACUUAUGUUGAUAAUAGUAUAGGGUAGCGGCGAAUUCUGAAGUGCUGUGAACCAAAUAUACAAUAAUUUGUUUUAUAACAAGAGAAUACCAAUGGACAAUAACCAAGUGUAGUACUGCAAGUCGGUUUUUGUUUUGUUAUUAUUCCGCGAUUCUUGUUUUGCAUUCAUAUCUGAGUAUCUCCUCUUUUGUAUCUUAUAUCUAGACAAUUCAUAUCAUCCGUGUUUGACGUUUUCUUGUAAAUGUCAAUAAAGUGAAAUUGAAAAAAAUAAACGAUAAGUGUAAAAGACUUUAAAAUAGAAAUUAACAAAUAACACCAGGAUCACGGUUUGCCUCCUGAUUGGUGCAAAUGUGCUGAAAGUUAAUGAAAUCAACUUUUCAAUUUUUUCGGAAGAAAAUAAUCGCCAUCGUCAUUUGAAAAAAAAUCGAUAUAAAUUAAUAGUUUUUCCAACCACUAUUGUUGUGGUUUGGGACUUCAGGAAUGGAUGACGAGUUUAAACUGUGCUGGAAAAAUUUCCAGGAUAAUAUAGCCAGUGGAUUUCAGAAUUUAUAUGAUCGUGGAGACUUGGUUGAUGUUACACUAGCUUGCGAUGGAAAAUUGUUGCAUGCGCACAAAAUUGUUCUUGCAAUUUGCAGUCCAUAUUUUCAAGAAAUUUUUAUAACCAAUCCCUGCAAGCAUCCAAUAAUUAUACUAAAAGAUGUCACCUUCAAUAUUAUGUGUGAACUACUGGAAUUCAUGUAUCAGGGUGUGGUAAAUGUCAAGCACACUGAAUUACAAUCUUUCAUGAAAAUUGGUCAAUUGCUACAAAUCAAGGGUCUCGCCACAAAUGCCUCAUCAACAGCAGGUAAUACAACGAUGGAUAAAUCGGCCAGUCAAACUCACAAUGCCGAUGAAGCGAGUAACGCAUGUACAGAUGCUGAUAAUAAUAGUAGUGAGACCGCAGCAAAAACAGGUUUAAACCGGGCGGCAAGUGAAAAUGAUGAUGCUAAUGCCUCUGAUGGGCUAUCAAGCGUGAAAGUGUCCAAUCCUAUUUCGGUGAAAUCCCAUUCACCCGCAUCAUCACCAUCACCCAUGAGCUUUGCCGAAUCAACUGUUAAUGUUAAUCAGCAAAAUUUCAAAAGCUCACCAGAGAGAAAUUUACCGUUGCAUCCGAAUUAUCAUGCGGGUUCAAGUCUCAAACGGCAUGCAGAUGUUAAUAAUGCCGCCCUAUCAAUUUACUCGCGUAAACAAUUCCGUCGCUCGAUAACUUCAGCCGAUCACAAUACCGAUCAUAGUGACAGUGCCGAUGCGGAUGCUGAAUCCGAUUAUUUCCUACCGUCACUUCCACAUUUGGCAUCUAAUUCAUCAGCUGCGGCGGCGGCAGCGGCUUUUAGAGGCACCUUCAAUCCUGCUGCCUUCGGGUUUGAUUAUAAUUUAUACAAAAAUAGCAGUGCUGGCGGUGCAAGCGGCAUUGGCGGUGCUUGUGGUGGCAACACAUCUGGUGGUGGUGGCCAAGAGUAUCCGAAUGACUUGCAUAUUCCCAGUGAUUAUUCAAAGAACUUCGCAAAUCAUGUUGAUAUUCCACCAAACAGCAGCAAUGUGGUGAUGCUCUCAUCGACGUCAUUGUUGCACGGUAGCUGCGUCUUUAAUCGCAACAACACCGUAGCCACACAGCAAGGUAUGAAAACCUAUUGGCUCUGCAAGUCCUAUCGCAUAAGCAUGUGCCGAGCGCGCUGUAUAACGCAUCAAGGGCGCGUCAUAUCCGCAACCGGUGUGCAUAACCAUCCGCCACAUAUGCUCGGAAGUGGUCCAGGUGGUGGCAUGGGCAACAAUGGGGUAGGCAACAGUAAUGCAAGCGGUGGUGGGAAUAGCGUAGGCUUUCCCAUCGAUGUCAAUGCACAACAACCAUCCUCUGUGGCAACCUCUAACACGCCCACAAUAAAUUUCAACUCCAUUAAUAUGGCUGGUGUACUGUUGCCCGGCGGUAGUAAUUCAGCGGCAAAUGUGAGUACCACCACUGGUUCACGACUACAUCAUUCUACAGUAAGCGGUGCCAUUGGUACGACGAUGUAUCAACAGCAUAAUUCUAUGCAUAACUCUCCAGCGCAACAAUUACAGUUACACCAUCAGCAUCAACAUCAAAAUCAAUUGCAUACAGUGGGUGGUUCAUCUCCGCCACCAGCAAUGUCGGCCGGCUUGAUGGGCAACUCACAUCUACAUGGGCACUCUACUACAUCGGCAACUAGUUUAUUAAUGUCACAUCACUCGGCGCCUGACAGUGGCAGCAUGGCCGGCAACGCACAUCAUCAUCACCAGCAUCACACAAUCGUUGGCUCAGGAAACGGUGGCGUGGGCGGUGGUUCGCAAAAUUUGCAUUCGAACAGUGUAAUACAGAAUAUUUUGCAUAGCGCGAAUGCAUCGAAUGCCAUGCACCAUCAUCACCAUUCACAAUUGCCACAUAUGUCGCAUUUGUCGCAGAAUCAACAUCACCAGCAACACGAACCGCAUUUGGAAAUAACACCGCUGAUGCAAUCGCCCCCUCUUCUGCCGCCCCCACCGCUGCAUCUGCCAAGUCCAUCGAAUCAAAGUAAUCUGUCACAGCAUGGUAGCGGUGGCGCUAAUUCGCUUAGUUCGCCAAUAACAACAACAGCGGCUUCCGCUCUCAGUGGUAGUGCACUCAAAUCACCUGCGCAAACGAAUCUCAGAGACGAGGCGAUCUGUGUGUCUGAGGCGCAAUCUCAUUCAGUUCAUUCUGCGCAUCUCAGCGAACAACGUCAACAUAUGCUUAGCCAUGGGAACACACUAUCCCCGUCCGAAAUAAAUUCAAGCACCGCCGUCUCAUCGCAUUCAACAGAUGGAGCGAAUGAGUCGCAACAUCAGGCGCACGUCAUCGACUCCAUAACAAUAUCACCAGGCGAAGGACAUAGUUUCAAAAUGGAAGAUAUGUAACUGUUAAGUUCUUUGACGACAAAUUGCGUUAGCAGAAAACGAUAAUAUGACUCAGCGUAAAGCGUUCGAAACGCAAAGUCCAACUCUUUCCCUUUAUUAUAAUUAUUACAUACUUACAUAUAUACAAGCCAAUGGAGAAAUUAAAAAAUUGUUAGUUUUAAGAAAAAAAAAUGUUGCAAUUGUGAUAAAUUGGGUGAUAAUGGUGAGUAAAGGAUAUAACAUGGAAAAUCACGUUACCACGACAGUCGGGUCUAAGUAUCCGGACGGACCCAGAUUUUUAUCCGGCCAAGGGCUGUCAACUCGGCAGUAUUCCCCCAAAUUACUUCAGAGAUGUUUUCUGCCGCUAAAAACGUAUGCGAAGCUGACGACCACAAAAGUACGUCGAACAUAUUACCAUUAACAAAAUUAUCUAAAUCUCAUUAAUAGUGGUUUUGAACUGAAGUUAAUUUUAGUGACUUUAUCUUCAUAUACAAUUUUUUAAGAGUGAAUUCGUUCCUACAUCACACGUUCUAUUGCAUGCAUCGGUAGCCGUCAUACCUACUUGCUCCUGGUGAGCACUGGUUUCACGGCAAAUUGGAGUUUAUGCUGAGCCAACGUGGAAAGCCUCUCCUAGUACAUGACGGUCAUACAUUUGGCAUCCAAUAUGUGCGCAAGGAUAAGAAGUAUUGGCAGUGCAAUUUAUCACGAAAAUUCAAUUGUAAGGCCCGUGUCACUACCACUGACACUGGCGAGAUAAUUGUGACCAACAACGAACACUGUCACACUGAAAUACGCCAGCAUUUACGCAAAGAUUAUCAACGAAAUAAAGUAAUGAUGAAUGCGCUGCUAAACCUUAGCACAAACAUCAGACGUCAGAGCAGUAAUGGGAACAACACUAACAAUUUAAAUAAUUUAAGCAAUUUCACAGCACUGGCUACUCAUGGUACCAAUUUAAUUAAUGCGGCAGCUACAGCAGCAGUUAUGAGUGGGGCCGGUGGCGCCAGUCUGCAGAGCUAUCGUAGCGAAUGUUUAGAGCAGCAGCAGCAACAACAUACUCCUGGUGUUGUGGAUUUUACAAAAGACAGGAGCACGAACUCACCAUCAUCACGCAUAACUCCUAAUAUACACAAUCAACCUAUAAUAAAUGAACAUGUAGACUUAUCUAGGCCGUUGGACUGUGGUUUUCGACAAUCUACGACGACUACAGUACCAAAUGAUUUUGAGAAAGAAUUAAAUAGUCGCGAUAGCAGCUAUAACGGUGCAACGUGGAAGUGCAAAAACGAAAUUGGAGACUCCUGAAAUAAAUGUACACGGUCGGAAAUAACACAAAACUAUUUUUAAGAUUAAAGCAAUCAUGCACUUCCAUUUCAACAAGUUUUGUCAGAAUUAGGAAGAUUGCAUUGAUGCUGGAAAAUACUCGUACUUGUUACACUCAACUUACAACAGCCAAAUCCAAAGAAUUUUUAUCUACCUAUUUUAUGACAUUAUACAAUAUUAAGUUACACGUUUUUAAAACUUUUUUCUAAUAAAAUAGAAUUUGGGGAAAAUA